GAUAAAUCUUGUGGAAAAAAUUAGUGUACUCAUUUAAACAUUAAAGUCCACGUGUUUUUAAUUAUAUAAAGAUGUUUUAAGGACAGUUUUAGGUAAAAUGGUCAUUAAGAACCUUUAAUCAAGAAUAUAAUUAUGAAAGUCUGGAUUAUUAAUAUGUCAAUGUAUGCUGUAAUUUGAGACAAUGUCGUACAGUUCUUCAUACGUUCCAUCACGGAGUAACUCGAUCAACGCCUAUGGCUCACGGCAUGGAUCUUUAAUUACAUAUGACGACUACGACUCUGAUGAUUACAAUAAAAUGCACGUGCCAAAGUCUAUUCUAGAACGAAGAAUGUCGUCUGGUUUAGCAACCAUUAGUCACGCAGAUUCACCUGUGCCUCAACUUGUGGGUACCUCUUCUGAUUCUGUGUACCUGAUACGAUCGUCUCCCAAACUUUCGCCGCGGAAAUGGCUUAUAAUAAUGUACUGUUUUCUCUAUAUGGGCGCUUACGCUAUGUCGUCUGCAUCUUUUGUACAGUACAUUUACAACCGACUACAAAAGGAAAUGUUUCCAGAUAAAGACAAUUUUAAUUUAUCAUUGCAUUGUUUCUCUAACACGAGCGAUCCACAUUAUAAGCUACAAGUUUCAGUGCAAGAGAAAGCGUCUAAUUGGAACAUGUAUUACAACCUGGCGACAGGGAUUCCAACCUUGUUUGCAAGCAUAUUGUUGGGUUCCAGCUCAGAUCGGUUUGGACGCAAGUUUCUCUUCUAUUUACCGUGUUUUGGCGCAAUUAUUCGAACUGCCGUGUGUACUGCAGGGAUUUAUUUUGAUUUAAAUCUUUAUUACCUUUUAAUAGGAUUUUUUGUCGAAGGGUUAACGGGAUUUAUGGCAACCAUGCUUCUUGUGACGUUUGCAUAUGUGGCAGAUAUCACUCCGCCGAAAGGAAAACAAAGGUCUUUUGGAAUAGCUAUGAUAGAACUUAUAAAUGGAACAGCCAUGACUAUAGUGAGCUUUGCAACAGGAUAUUUUAUCGAAGACACCGGUUAUUUUUACCCUAUGCUUACUUCCGGCGUAAUGCUAGCACUAAAUAUAGUAAUAAUCAUUUUUAUCCCGGAAUCAUUUCCGGAGGAUAAACGAGAACUUCGUGAAUCUACAUUUGAUAAAAUAAAAGCGAUUUUCAACUUAUUUUUCGGAGAAAAUAACAAAGGUCGGCGUUGGAUGUAUAACACGUUGAUGUUAGUUUUUCUUUUGACAGUCUUUUCUUCAUUCGGGCGACAGAGCGUGGAACCUUUAUAUCUGCUUGACGCGCCGUUCUGCUGGAGUUCGGAGAAACUUGGAAAUUUUAGCUCUCUUAAGAAUCUACUGCAACAAAUAUUUGGAAUGGGCGUUAUUAAACUUCUGCAGAAAGCUAUGUCGGACGAGGCUAUAGCAAUGUUAGGUUGCGUAUCUUUCGGUGCUAGUCUUGUACUAGAAGGACUGGCCCAAUCAGACAUUCUUAUGUAUAUUGUUCCGGCAAUCGGUGUGUGUGGUUUGCUCACUGUACCAAUAACAAGGUCACUAUUAUCUAAACUUACUCACCCUGACCACCAAGGAGCGAUUUUCUCGACCAUCUCUACAAUGGAGACUAUAGUAAAUAUUGGUGGUACAGUAGCAGCAAACGAGAUUUACUCGCAUACUCUAAGUAUCUACAGAGGCAUGAUAUUCUUCAUAUUAACUGGAUGUAACUUUAUAUCUCUUAUAAUAAUGGGAAUAUAUCGUUUUGGGUCGAGACGCACAUUUCCAACAUCACUGGACGUUCGACGAUAACCGUAAACCACAUCCUACGAAGAUAUUAAUCCUAACGAACUAUGCUAUUUAUAUAAGUGUUUCAAAGCUUUUGACAGUGAUCAGUGAAAACCCAGCUCUUGCUAUCCCGAUAAUAUCUAUAGGCUACAUAACUAGAAGCUUCUUAUUAAAGCAACAUUUUCAAAAAUGUUCAUCACAUAUAGUUUAAAGUACAUUGAACAAAAUAGAAAAGAUUUAUCAAAGUAUUUAUCAUGUGAAUGUUAUGACAAUUGGCUUUCUUUAUCAGUCAUUUUAUAAGAUGUAUAUCAAUCACUUUUCCCCCACAUGUUCAAUGAAUGUUGUUUAUCAAAUUAACUCUACAGAUAUAGUAUUCUGCACAUUUCUGAAGGAAUUUUCUAGUGCAAACCCUUUCUUUGCAAAAGUAAUGAUUGGAUAAUAAAUAUAACUCUAAAUACAUCGAAGCCGUCAAUAUCCUUCUUGUCGGGGUAAUGGUGAAAAAUU